UCGAAUGAAAUUCUGUGCCAAACGCAAUGCAUCAUGUACAUUUUUUGAGGACUCAAAACUUUUCUGCGAUGAAUAUCCCCGGUACUGCUUCAGUACACGUGCAGAGGAAGGAAUGUAUCGUAAUUAUACUGCUAUAGAAAUGGGAGUACCAAAAAGGGAUGAAUACUAUCAAUUGACAGACUCGAAAUCUUGGCCCGAAGCUGUUGAGUUUUUUCCGAGAAUGUAUAUUGGUUGCGAGAUGUCAUACGGUAGUCGCAGUGCAAAGAAUUGCAGAGACAGUUUAAUCCCGACACCAUUUACUGAUGUUGAAAAUUAUCCCAAUAUCUGCAUCACCAUUGCUUCAGCUACGGAAAAACCAGAUUUUGAAGAAGAAAUUUACGCGAAUUCAUUAAAAAUAGACUUGAUCAUUGGUACUAAACCCGAAGACUACUUCUUUCCAUUUGAUCCAGUUGUUGUGCAUGCAGUUGUUCAUAACAGAAUGCAGUUAGUAAACCCAUUUGUGGAAGGAUACGUUAUGGAAGGAGGAAAGCAAUACAAUGGCGAUGUUUCACUGAAUGAAAUUAUAAGAAUUAAACCACCUUACAGCACCAACUGCUACGACUAUGUUUCUUCAUGGAGAGCAAAUAAUGGGACUGGACCUCUAACGCAAUCAGAGUGUAUUGAACAUUGUAAAUUGACAACUGUCAGAUCGUUGGACAAAUGUGUUGGUGCCAACAUUUUCUAUUCUCAUACAGAAGAGCUUUGUGAACAUGAAAUUACGGCUACAGAUGAGAUUAUCAAAGACUGCACACAGAAAUGCCAGCCUGCCUGCUACGAGAGAAAAUAUGAAGUUGGAUAUCGUGAAAAGCAUGGUUCAAAAGAAGAAUUUGAUUCAAGUAUUUGUACAGUGAUCAAUAGAAUGAAUGAAUUGGAAAAUAGUUCUUACGCUUAUGGAUCGGUAGAAAAUUGUAGGCUAAAACAGAUAAAAGUGACAUUCUCUUUUGGAAGGUUUCGAUUAAGACGUCAAAUCUAUAAUCAGCAAUAUCAGAGAGUAGAACUAUUCAGCUACAUUGGAGGAUAUUUGGGACUGUGGCUGGGAUUGGGCCUCAUCUCUCUUUUUGAAUCCCUUACAAACAUCGUAUGUUAUCUUUGGAGAACAAGACGAGUCAAAUACUCAUCAGUUCAAAAUCUUCAAUCUAAAAAAUCUUCUUCCAAAUAGCUUCUUCUUACUUGCUUCUUGAUUUUCUAUAAUGCAUUUUACACUUAGACAUCCUGUUUUGUUAUUAAU